AUGGAGGAAACAUAUCUUGCAAAUGUCGAAGGCAUUAAAAAGACUAUUCUUCAUGGAGGAACUGGUGAGCUGCCAAAAUUUCUCACAGGAUCCAAAGUCACAUUUCAUUUUCGAACUUUAAAAUGUGACGGAGAUCGAACAGUCAUCGAUGAUAGCAAACAAGUCGGCAGGGCAAUGGAAAUAGUCAUAGGCAACAUGUUUAAACUGGAAGUCUGGGAAAUUCUGAUUUCAUCAAUGAGAAUCGGAGAGGUUGCUGAGUUUUGGUGUGAUGUCAUUCACACAGGCUUGUAUCCAACUGUAGCCAAGAGCUUGCGUCGGAUUAUUGAAGGAAAAGAUGCAACAGACUGGCACAUUCAUACCUGUGGUCUUGCCAAUAUGUUUGCGUAUCACAGCCUGGGAUACGAUGACCUGGAUGAAUUGCAGAAAGAACCUCAGCCGCUCAUCUUUGUUAUUGAACUAUUAAAGGUUGAGUCACCAAGUGCUUACAAACGAGAAACCUGGGCCAUGAAUGAUGAUGAGAAGCUUAAAGCUGUGCCUCUCCUCCAUGGCACAGGAAACAAACUGUUCAAACUCGGCCGAUAUCCAGAGGCACUGGCAAAAUAUCGUGAGGGGGUUAUCUGCCUGAAGAACCUACAAGUAAAGCUGAAGCCCUGGGAGAUUCAGUGGCUGAAACUGGAGAAGAUGGUUGUCACUUUAGUUUUGAACUACUGCCAAUGUCUUUUGAAGAUGGAAGAAUACUAUGAAGUGCUAGAGCAAACAACAGACAUCCUCAACAAGCAUCCAGGUACUGUAAAAGCCUACUUUCUUAGGGCCAAAGCACAUGCAGAAGUAUGGAAUGAAGCAGAAGCCAAAGCAGAUUUUGAGAAGGUUUUGGAGUAUGACAGUGGAAUGACCAAGUCAGUGAGAAAAGAGCUACGGAUUCUAGAUUCCAGAAUGAGAGAUAAAGAAGAGGAGGAGAAACUACAAUUCAAGAGGAUGUUUCAUAAAUGA